UAAAUUUUAUUAAACUUUGUGCGAACAUCACAUCACAAAAACACUUUGCUCUGUGGCUCCUGGCAGCUCUGGAAGCAUGAACGGAGAAGACGUGCCGCCAUUUCACGAGACGUACAAGUUCCUGUUCGAGAAAGAAGGUCCGACAAAGUGCAUCAAGGCGGCCAUGGUGGUGGAAGAGGAGCAGCUGCCGGUGAUCGAUCUGGGGAAGCUGUGGAACGGAGAGGGGGAGGAGUGCAAGGAGGAGAUAGCCCGAGCGUCGAGGGAAUGGGGAUUUUUCCAGGUAAUAAACCAUGGGAUUUCCAAGGAGAUUCUGGAGAAGAUGACGCGCGAACAGGUGAAGGUGUUUAAGCAGCCUUUCGAGAAGAAGAAAGGUAAAGAGUCUAGGAGUUACUUGAAUUUCUCAGCCGGCGCUUAUCGCUGGGGAACACCCACUGCCACCAGUCUCUGCGAUUUGUCUUGGUCGGAGGCUUUUCACAUUCCCAUGUUGGAUAUCUCUGAUUCUCCAACCCUCGACACUGCUCUCAGUUUAACAAUGGAGGAAUUUGCUACAAGAGUUGCGGAUCUGGCUCAGAAAAUAGCAGAAAUUUUAGCAGAGAAACUGGGUUGCAAGUCAAAUUUUUUCCAGGAAAAUUGCUUGCCAAGCACAUGCUAUCUACGAAUGAACCGUUACCUACCUUGUCCAAUGUCUCUCCAGGUAUUUGGACUGAUGCCGCAUACAGACACUGAUUUCCUCACAAUUUUGCAUCAAGAUCAAGUUGGAGGCCUGCAACUUGUCAAGGAUGGAAAAUGGAUAGCUGUUAAGCCUAAUCCCGACGGCCUAAUCGUCAACAUCGGCGACUUAUUUCAGGCGUGGAGCAAUGAUGUGUACAAGAGUGUGGAACAUCGUGUGGUGGCAAAUCCAUUUGUGGAAAGAUUCUCGACUGCUUAUUUCUUCUGCCCUUCAUUUGAGACUGUUGUGCAUAGCGACAGUGGUGAGGCAUCGGUUUACAGGAAGUUUAGCUUCGGAGAGUACAAGAAGCAGGUGGAAGUUGAUGUUAAAGAAUUAGGUCACAAAGUAGGCCUCCCUAGGUUUCUUGUAUGAGCAUGCAAUUGGGUGUGUGUUGGAUUAGAUAUCUAAGAAUGGAGCAUUUGAUUUAGUUAGGAUUAAACAAAUAUCCUAUCAGCUUUUAUAUGUGUCUACCGAAUUCUUUCUUUAGAUUUUGUGUUUUUUGGGCCUUUUUGAGUUCAAAUAAUUAAAGCCCAAACAAUAUUAAGGCAGCUAGUUUAAACCCAAUGCAUCA